GCCCGACUGUUCGUCUUCCGGAAGCGGUCGCCGGACCGGCAACAGCUGGAUGUGUGGUAGCGGCGGUGGCGGGCACGGCUGGAGCGAGGAGUGAAGCGGUGUGGGCCUGGCUCCCGCGCCGGGGUGGAGCACCAUGGACGAAGCGGGCAGCUGUGCGAGCGGCGGAGGCUUCCGUCCGGGCGUGGACAGCCUGGACGAGCCACCCAACAGCCGCAUCUUCCUAGUGAUCAGCAAGUACACGCCCGAGUCGGUGCUGAGGGAGCGCUUCUCGCCCUUCGGGGAGAUCCAGGACAUCUGGGUGGUGCGGGACAAGCACACCAAGGAGUCCAAGGGCAUCGCCUUCGUCAAGUUUGCCCGCAGCUCGCAGGCCUGCAGGGCCAUGGAGGAGAUGCACGGCCAGUGCCUCAGCCCCAACGACACCAAGCCCAUCAAGAAAACUGAGAAGAAUAUGAAAGGCUCAGAGAUACUUCAGUCUCUGGAGGCCUUCCCUAUACCUCCAUCUACAAAAAAGAAGAGAGGAGCCUGGGAAUAUACCAAUAACACAGUUUUCAUUGCUCAAUCCAGAUCAUCUGGAAGUCACCGAGAUGUUGAAGAUGAAGAACUUACAAGAAUUUUUGUUAUGAUACCAAAGUCCUACACAGAAGAAGAUCUACGAGAAAAAUUUAAGGUGUAUGGAGAUAUCGAGUAUUGCAGCAUUAUUAAGAAUAAAGUAACUGGAGAAAGUAAAGGCUUGGGCUAUGUUCGAUACUUAAAACCAUCACAAGCUGCCCAAGCAAUAGAAAACUGUGAUCGAAGUUUUAGGGCAAUCUUGGCUGAACCUAAAAAUAAAGCAUCUGAAUCCUCAGAACAAGAUUAUUAUAGUAAUAUGAGGCAGGAGACUUUGGGACACGAACCUAGAGUAAAUAUGUUUCCAUUUGUUGGAGAACAACAAUCUGAAUUUUCAAGCUUUGACAAGAACGACAACAGAGGCCAGGAAGCCAUCUCCAAACGCCUGUCCGUGGUAUCAAGAGUUCCUUUCACCGAAGAGCAGCUUUUCAGCAUUUUUGACAUAGUACCUGGAUUGGAAUACUGUGAAAUUCAACGAGAUCCUUAUUCUAAUUAUGGUCAUGGAGUGGUUCAGUAUUUUAAUGUAGCAUCAGCUAUUUAUGCAAAAUACAAGUUACAUGGAUUUCAGUAUCCUCCUGGGAAUCGGAUAGGUGUUUCCUUCAUUGAUGAUGGGAGUAACGCAACAGAUCUCCUUAGAAAAAUGGCAACGCAGAUGGUAGCUGCACAGCUUGCAUCAAUGGUAUGGAAUAACCCAAGUCAGCAGCAAUUUCUGCAAUUUGGAGGAAGUUCUGGAUCACAGCUGUCUCAAAUCCAGACAGAUGUUGUACUUCCAUCAUGCAAAAAAAAAGUCCCUCCUGAAACUCCUGUGAAAGAAAGACUUUUUAUCGUGUUUAAUCCACAUCCUUUACCUUUAGAUGUACUAGAGGAUAUAUUCUGUCGUUUUGGUAACCUGAUCGAAGUUUACCUUGUGUCAGGAAAAAAUGUGGGGUAUGCCAAGUAUGCAGAUAGAAUAAGUGCUAAUGAUGCCAUUACCACUUUACAUGGAAAGAUCCUGAAUGGAGUCAGACUUAAAGUUAUGCUGGCAGACUCCCCAAGAGAAGAAUCUAACAAACGACAAAGAACUUACUGAUUCUUUAG